CACUUGUUAACAAUUCUCAAUUUUGGCCAUUUUUUCCUACGACGUUAUUUCACUUUUGUCACAUGCUAUGUGUGUGAAAAAAAAGGCUCACAACAGAUUGCGCGUGUGUACUGCACGUAUUGUAUGAGCAGACGGUUGUGUUCGCACGGUUGUAACCUCGAAGGCGCAAUCGCAACGACACGACAUGUGAAGGCGCGAUGCGCGUUGUCCCUUCUCACCAUUGCACUUGUCCAAAUACAACAGUUCCAGCCCUUUUGUAGACACAUGUGUUUGUUUACCCCUCCCCAAGGACAUGCACUUGGCCCACUUUGUAGAAAUAGCACACCCCCUCAAUGAUUUGACACCUCUCCCCCCCCGUUCAUAGAAAUAUCACAUCCUCAUGUUUAAUUUAAGCAUGUGAAUUACGUGGCUCUUUAGUCUUUUUUUUUUUUUUACUAGAAUGUACAUAAUUUUUUUGUUUUAAAAAGUGAUAAGGAGAGGAAAUAUAUAUUUUUUUUUGUCGCCAUUGUAGUGUUACUUACAUGUAAACCUCUGCUUUACAUUUUGUAAAAAAAAAAAAACGCUGCAGUGAACUUCGCCCCAAUUUUGGAGUACCCCUUUUCAACCGUGUUUCACAAUAAGUACCCUCAAUAUGGAAAUAAUUGCAGAGAAACCCAAAGUGAAAUUUAAUUUCGCGUCUGAGGAAUACAAAAACUGUGACAGUUCUGAUUACUCAGAGUGUGCGGAAGACUAUGGCAGACCAAAUGGGAAGGACUAUUUUUAUGCUAAUAGAAUUUUGUCUUUGGAUAGGAACAGUGAACAGAGGAGGAAGGAAUCCCCCAGUAAGCGACCAGGGUUAUGUGUAGAUGAAAUUUGCACGUGCGGCUUUCACAGAUGUCCCAAAAUAGUAAAGUCAUUACCAUUCGAUGGGGAAAGUAAUUAUCGAAGCGAGUUUGGUCCCAAGCCGCUGCCGGAGCUACCGCCUAGGCAAGAAGCUAAGUUGACGAGGUCACUGCCAUUCGAGGGAGAAAGCAACUAUAGAAGUGAGUUUGGCCCAAAGCCUCUACCUGAGCUACCCCCAAGAGUUGAACAGAAGCCUCCCAAAUCGCUUCCUUUCGAUGGGGAGAGUAACUACCGGAGUGAAUUUGGCCCUAAGCCUCUACCUGAGCUACCCCCAAGAGUUGAACAGAAGCCUCCCAAAUCGCUUCCUUUCGAUGGGGAGAGUAACUACCGGAGUGAAUUUGGCCCUAAGCCUCUACCUGAGCUACCCCCAAGAGUUGAGCAAAAGCCUCCCAAAUCGUUGCCAUUCGAGGGAGAAAGCAACUAUAGAAGUGAGUUUGGACCUAAGCCUCUACCUGAGCUACCCCCACGCGUUGAACAGAAGCCUCCCAAAUCGCUUCCUUUCGAAGGGGAGAGUAACUACCGAAGCGAGUUUGGGCCCAAAGCGCUGCCGGAACUACCUCCAAGAGUUGAACAGAAGCCUCCCAAAUCGCUUCCCUUCGAAGGGGAGAGCAACUACCGGAGCGAGUUUGGCCCAAAGCCUCUGCCCGCAUUACCCCCCAGGGUAGAAACCAAAUUGGUGAAGUCGCUUCCGUUCGAGGGCGAAAGCAACUAUAGGAGCGAGUUUGGGCCCAAACCACUGCCGGAACUACCUCCAAGGGUUGAACAGAAGCCCCCCAAAUCGUUGCCAUUCGAAGGGGAGAGCAAUUACAGAAGCGAGUUUGGGCCAAAACCGCUGCCCGCAUUACCCCCCAGGGUAGUAACCAAGUUGGUGAAGUCGCUUCCUUUCGAAGGGGAGAGCAAUUACCGGAGCGAGUUUGGGCCAAAGCCUCUACCUGAGAUUCCCCCACGGGUUGAACAGAAGCCUCCCAAAUCGCUUCCCUUCGAAGGGGAGAGCAAUUACCGGAGCGAGUUUGGGCCAAAGCCUCUACCUGAGCUUCCCCCACGCGUUGAACAAAAGCCUCCUAAAUCGCUUCCGUUCGAAGGGGAGAGCAAUUAUCGAAGCGAGUUUGGACCGAAGCAGCUUCCAGAACUACCGCCUAGACAGGAAGCGAAGUUGACAAGGUCGCUACCAUUUGAAGGGGAAAGCAGCUACAGAAGUGAGUACGUACGGAAGGCUAUUCCUAUCUGCCCAGUUAAUCUGUUGCCCAAAUAUCCAGCCCCGACCUACCCGUCCGAGCAUGUGUUUUGGGACUCCGCGUGCAAAAGGUGGUAUUAG